AUGUCGCUCAAGUCGUUGGUGCGUCUCGCCCUUCUUGCCACUCUGGCCGGGCCGGCUGUCGCAGUCACACAAAUCACCGACGAUGAGAUGACAUCUCUCCUGAACGCCGGCGGGGUGGAUUUGGCAAACCGGUAUGCGCCUAUAUGGUUCUUCGGCCAAGCCCUGAACCAGCCCCCAUGCUACCCGACAUGGGCAUACGGCGGAUCGCCCACUACACCCGAUAUCUAUGAUGAUGCCCACAAGACUCCUGCGGCACCGCAGUGUGGAUAUCCCAACGUUGGUUGUAACUGCCGGAAUCCAGGGGUGGGUAUUGGUAACCCUGGACCUGCAUUUCCGGUGUACUAUACCUAUAAGCGCUGUAGUGAUACUGAAGUUCGGGUUGUAUAUAACCUCUUCUAUGAGAAAGAUGGCGCGACCGUCGGUUCUAUUCAAACCGGCCAUAACUACGAUUGGGAACGUGUAAUCGUCAUCCAUUCUCGUGGUAGUAGCAGUAUGUGGGCUCCAUCGCGAGCUCUCCUCUCUGCUCACAGCGGGUACCACAACCUGGCCUGGGGAGAUAUUCAGAACACCCUCACGACGGACGAGAUCAACGCCGGCGAUGCAAAAGAUCCCAAUGGAGUGAAAAAUAAUGAUCACCCCAAGGUGUACGUGUCUUGGUCGAAGCACGCAAACUUCGAUACCCGCAAUACUGGCUGGAAUGACCCGGCAAGUCAAUCGUUAGAAGAUGCAUUCCGCAGUCAAGAUUGGUGGUAUUUUGUUGACCCCCAGUAUUAUAUCCGUGCGGACGAUAGCACUGAUGCUGGGAAGGCCAUUGGCGCUGCGAACUGGGGAGAUGCCUCGAGUAAUCCGCCUUCGGUGCAAACGGGCGUUUGUAGUGCGUCGUAA